UCUGUCAAUGGAGGAUUUAUUGUUCAUCCAGAUAGGCAACAUUAUGUAUAUCCGCUAGGAUGUACAGUUGUUAUAGAGGAUAUUAACGAAAAGAAGCAAGAAUUUUUACAUGGCCAUUCAAAUAAUGUGGUUUGCCUUGAUAUAUCAAAAUGUGGAAAGUGGAUUGCUUCUGGACAAACGACACACAUGGGAUACAAAGCAGAUGUGAUUGUCUGGAAUUAUUUAUUAAGAGAACCUUAUGCUAAAUUUACUCUUCAUAAGGUCAAAGUACAAGCACUUUGCUUUUCACCAAAUGCGAAAUAUCUAGCUACACUUGGUGGGCAAGACGAUGGAAGGUGUUCUGCCUUUCUAAUCGAAUCCAUUUUAGUGUUGUUAUUUGGUCUAUUCCCCGUAAGGAAGCAAUAUGUGGAAGUCCUUCUCAACAUAUGA